AUGGAAAAUCCACUUUCCCACGAUUUUCAGAUCUCAACCAUCAAUCAACUUUAAUCCAAAUACAUUAUUUCUCAAAUUUUUUUUUCAACUCGAGAGAAUCCUUUCUCGGAGCAUUAUUUGAAAACGGUGUUGUUAUGAAACUGAACCAAUUUUCAAAUUUCUUUCGCAAAAACUGAAAUCUCUGACGAAAUCAAAUUUAGUAGCUUCACGCCAUUUUCCCUUUUCCUCAUAUCUUUCUUACCACACUUUCACCAACCCAAAGGUUCAGGCAACCUUCGUUUCCGGCUAUCAACACAGGAGUCUCUUUUUUCUUUAUGCCCUUCCUGCAGUCAGUCAAGAAAAUAAGUAGGAUAGAUGGAAUCCACAAGCUCCAAAGUCAAUGUUCCAAAUUCUAGACAAUCCUCAAAGCGGCUUCUGUUUGACCGACGCUAUGGAUGGGUAAUUGAUGAAUGGAAACAACCAGCGGAGGAAGCACUUGAGGGUGGCCGAGGAAUGUUUUGCAUACUCCCACUUGCCAAAAAUUUGGUGCAGAUGGCCUCACAAUCGAUCAAUCUUGGAGUUUCCUCAGCCAUAAAAGCUGCUGAAAACCCACAGAUGUUUUCCUUGCAGAUGCUGCAGAGUGCUCUAGAUGAUGGUGUUCGCAAGUGUAAAGGUUUCAUCCUCAACAAAACUAGACUGCCACAUGGUUCCAACAGUUCUUCCCACUUCAAUACAGAAAGCAACCAAUGAUGAAAGGCACAGAAUUUGCUUCUAGUCAAUAGUUUGUGUUUUACUAGUGCAACUAUGGUUAAAUGCUUUAAAUUAUGAUAGUACUUUUGUCAUGCGUUUGGGAAACAACUUAAUUAAGUACUUUAAUAAUGUGGUUAAAUUGUUUUGAUAUAAAGUUUGAAAUGUAUACAUAGGCUAUGUUAGAACGUUUACUGAAAUAAGCCUAAAAUAGUUUAUGGAUAUGGAUAUGUUAUAAGUUA